UUUUCAAAUUUUAACCUGUAUUCCCUUUUUUUCUCUCUCUUUCUUCUACUUUCACACUACAAACUUCUACUUCCUUUCUCUCUCUCUCUAUCCACCAUUUCCAUUGAACCACUCUUUACACUUCACACACAGAUCUGACCCGAUAACCCGAAAUCACCUUGUUACCAAUGGAGGCGGCGCUUGAUUUAGCGCGUGCAAAAGACACAAAGGAACGAAUGGCAGGUGUAGAACAUCUACAUCAGUUUCUAGAAGGUUCUAGAAAAACCCUGUCGACUAACGAAGCUACUUCGCUCGUCGAUGUUUGCUUAGAUCUUUUGAAGGAUAACAAUUUUAGGGUUUGUCAAGGUGCUUUACAGUCACUUGCUUCAGCUGCUGUUUUGUCUGGUGAGCAUUUGAAGUUGCAUUUUAAUGCGUUGUUGCCUGCUGUUGUUGAACGAUUGGGUGAUGCAAAACAGCCUGUUAGAGAUGCUGCUAGAAGGUUGCUGCUUACUUUAAUGGAGGUUUCUUCACCAACAAUUAUAGUUGAGAGGGCGGGGUCUUAUGCUUGGAUGCACAAAAGCUUUAGAGUUCGAGAAGAAUUUGCUCGUACUGUUACAUCAGCAAUUGGUCUUUUUGCGUCGACAGAGCUGCCCCUUCAACGGGCUAUUCUUCCUCCAAUUUUGCAAAUGUUGAAUGAUCCUAAUCAUGGAGUGAGGGAAGCAGCCUUAUCAUGUAUCGAGGUGAUGUAUUCAGAGGUUGGACCCCAGUUCCGCGAUGAGCUUCAGCGCCAUCAUCUUCCUUCCAUGUUGCUAAAAGAUAUUAAUGCGAGACUUGAGAAGAUUGAGCCUAAAAGUUGCUCUACAGAUGGAAUCUCAAAGAAUUAUUCAGCUGUUGAGGUGAAAUCUGCUAGUCUUAGUUCCAAGAAAAGCAGUCCUAAAGCAAAACGUUCAACAAGAGAGGUGUCUCUCUUUGGAGCGGAUGGUGAUGUUACAGAAAAGCCUGUCGACCCAAUUAAAGUAUAUUCAGAAAAGGAACUGCUAAGGGAAUUCGAGAAUAUUGGCUCCACUCUUGUACCAGAAAAAGAUUGGUCAAUGCGUAUCGCUGCUAUGCAGAAAGUUGAAGCACUUGUUCUUGGAGGUGCAGCUGAUUAUCCUUGUUUUCGUGGGCUUCUAAAGCAACUUGUUGGCCCUUUGAGCACACAGUUAUCAGAUCGGCGAUCCAGCAUAAUCAAACAGGCAUGUCAUUUACUAAACUUCUUAUCAAAAGAGCUGUUGGGAGAUUUUGAGGCAUGUGCUGAGAUGUUCAUUCCGGUUCUUUUCAAGCUUGUUGUGAUAACUGUUCUUGUGAUUGCAGAAUCUGCUGAUAACUGCAUAAAGACGAUGUUGCGUAACUGCAAAGUUGGUCGGGCACUUCCUCGUAUAGCUGAUUGUGCAAAGAAUGACAAAAAUGCAGUACUUCGUGCAAGAUGCUGUGAAUAUGCACUUCUGAUCCUUGAACAUUGGCCUGAUGCAUCUGAGGUACAACGUUCAGCAGAGCUCUAUGAAGACCUUAUAAAGUGUUGUGUCUCUGAUGCAAUGGGUGAGGUCCGAUCAACUGCAAGAAUUUUGUACAGAAUGUUUGCAAGAACUUGGCCAGAACGUUCUAGGCGUUUGCUUUCGUCCUUGGAUCCUGCUAUCCAAAGGAUCAUAAAUGAGGAAGAUGGUAGUAUUCAUAAGCGACACACUUCUCCCUCUGUUCGAGAGAGGAGUUCACACUUCUCACUUGCUUCUCAAACAUCUACUUCACAUCUACCUGGUUAUGGAACAUCUGCAAUAGUUUCCAUGGAUAGAAGUACCAAUUUGCCUGCAGGAACGUCCCUGUCCUCUGGGCUGCUUUUGCCUCAAGCAAAACCUGUGGGAGUGGAACGUAGCCUCGAGAGUGUACUUCACGCGAGCAAACAGAAAGUUUCUGCUAUAGAAAACCUGCUCAAAGGUCUAGAUGUAUCUGAGAGAAGUCGCUCCUCCAGUUUGGAUCUAGGAGUUGACCCGCCCUCAUCCCGUGAUCCACCAUUCCCUCUUGCUGUUCCUGCAUCAACAAGUCGUACUAAUGCUUUACUGGAUGAUGCACCAUCUGCUAUGACUAAAGGAAAUAAUCGCAAUGGUGGGUUGGUUUUGUCUGAUAUCAUAACUCAGAUCCAGGCCUCAAAGGAUUCAGCUAAAGCAUCAUACCGAGGUAGUGCGGAUCAUGAGACUUUUUCGGCACUCAACUCCUACACUGCAAGAAGAGCUUCGGAAAAGCUACAGGAUAGAGGACUUGUUGAAGAGAACGGCGAGCUGAGGGACAUUAGGCGGUUAAUGAACUCACAUGUUGACAGACAAUACUUAGAGACACCUUAUAAAGAUGCUGUUAGGGACUCCCACAAUAAUCACGUUCCCAAUUUUCAACGUCCUCUCUUAAGAAAAAAUACAGCUGGUAGAAUGUCAGCUAGUAGGAGGAGGAGCUUUGAUGACAGUCAACUUCCUCUGGGAGAUCUAUCUAGUUAUGUGGAUGGUCCUGCUUCACUAAAUGACGCAUUAAGUGAGGGUCUCAAUUCUACUUCAGAUUGGAAAGCCAGGGUAGCUGCAUUCAGCUAUCUCCGGUCUUUGCUACAGCAGGGCCCUAGAGGUAUUCAGGAAAUCACUCAAAGUUUUGAGAAGGUUAUGAAAUUGUUUUUCCAGCAUCUUGAUGAUCCCCAUCAUAAAGUUGCACAGGCAGCACUUUCAACUCUUGCAGAUCUUAUUCCUGCUUGCAGAAAGCCAUUUGAAAGUUAUGUAGAGAGGAUCUUGCCACAUGUUUUCUCGCGGUUAAUUGAUCCCAAAGAACUGGUGAGGCAGCCCUGCUCAACUACGCUAGAAAUAGUUAGCAAGUCAUAUGGUAUAGAUUCCCUUUUGCCAGCUUUGCUACGUUCAUUAGAUGAGCAGCGUUCUCCAAAAGCUAAACUCGCUGUAAUUGAGUUUGCAAUUGGCUCAUUUAAUAAGAAUCCUUCAAAUGCUGAAGGUGCUGCUAACAUUGGCAUCCUCAAGUUAUGGCUUGCGAAGUUGACACCUUUGGUCCAUGAUAAGAAUACCAAACUGAAAGAUGCAGCCAUUUCUUGCAUUAUAUCAAUGUACACACACUUCGACUCGAUAGGAGUUCUGAAUUUUAUUCUUAGCUUAUCAGUUGAAGAACAAAAUUUCUUGAGACGGGCUCUUAAGCAGCGCACACCUCGUAUAGAAGUGGAUUUGAUGAAUUUCGUGCAGAGCAAGAAAGAAAAACAACGAUCCAAGUCUUCAUAUGAUCCAUCUGAUGCUAUUGGAACAUCAUCUGAAGAUGGAUAUAUUGGCACUUCAAAGAAGAGUAAUCUAUUUGGAAGGUAUUCUGGUGGUGCCGUUGAUGCUGAUAGCAUGAGAAAGUGGAACUCUCUUCUAGACCCAACCUAUAUGAAUAGGUCUAUUGGCCAGUUGUCUGAUGGUACUCAGGACUUCUAUCAUGGUGUGGAAACUGGUCCCAACACUGAUAUUUCUGUUUCAAAAGCCAAGGAUUUGAAAUUUGGGACCCUUUCCACAAGCGAGAAUGAUGGAUUAUUGACUACAUUGGAAAGCAAGGACAGCAGUUCAAACAUAGAACAGACCUCCACUCCUCAUCUGGACGUCAAUGGGUUAGUUGAUUCAGACCAUCUACAGAUUGCUCAUGAUGCCGGAGCUGAUAAUGGGUCUUUAUCUGACCUGGGGCUUAGUCACCAAAAACUUUUUGCUCUCAAGAUAAUUCCAACUCUGGAAACUGGGCCAAGCAUCCCUCAUAUUCUUCAUUUGAUUUGCAAUGGUGAUGAUGGUAGUUCUGCUGCUAACAAGCGGGAGGCACUUCAACAAUUGGUCAAAGCUUCUGUUGCUAAUGAUCAAUCCAUCUGGGUCAAGUACUUCAAUCAGAUAUUAACUGCUGUACUUGAGGUGUUAGAUGAUUCUGAGUCGUGGACAAGGGAAAUUGCCCUAUCUCUGAUUCUUGAAAUGCUGAAGAAUCAGAAAAAUGCAAUGGAGGACUCCAUUGAGAUCAUAAUUGAGAAGCUGCUCCACGUGACCAAGGAUGAAGUGGCAAAAGUUGCAAAUGAAGCUGAGAAUUGUUUAUCUACGAUUUUGUCCCAGUACGACCCAUUCAGAUGCUUAAGUGUUAUUGUUCCACUGCUUGUCACCGAAGACGAGAAGACUCUUGUAACUUGUAUAAACUGUUUGACAAAGCUUGUUGGGAGACUCUCUCAGGAGGAAUUGAUGUCUCAGCUGUCUUCCUUCUUGCCUUCCCUGUUUGACGCUUUUGGAAACCAGAGUGCUGAUGUCCGCAAGACUGUUGUAUUCUGUUUGGUCGACAUAUACAUCAUGCUGGGCAAAGCAUUUUUGCCAUACUUGGAAGGGCUGAACAGCACACAGUUGCGAUUAGUGACUAUUUAUGCUAACCGAAUAUCACAGGCAAGAGCUGGUACGCCAGUAGAUGCUAGCCAUAGUUAACUGGUGUAGCUUUUCUGAGAUUCGUCGUAGGUUGAUGGUGUGUAGUUGUGAAUCUUGUGAUUUAAUGUCUUUUGUAUAUCUGUGUGAAUGAAUGUGUAUUUUUUUGGUGUGUGAAGUUGUAUUCUUUUUAUUAUCCUUUUUGUGUUUCUUCACUUAAAUUGGCUGAUAGUUGAAAGAGAGGUGUGGGGAGAAAUGUGAUUAUUGUACACAAGUGACCUUUGUGCUCAUAGUGAAAUCAACAGUUUUUGGGAUGAUUUGUUUAUAAUACAUUGAAGUAUAUGUCCUGGUAA